AUGGAGACAAAGGUGAAGAAGGUCACCUUACCCGACCCUUGCUGCCCGCGCCGCGUCCUCGACGCUAUUGAUCUAUUUGCUAAUAUCUUCGUGCAGGAGCCCGGCACCGAGUCCUCGUUCAAAUACCGUACGAAGGCUAUCGGGAAGCCGCAGCGCAAGAAGGUCGAAUAUAACAACAUCCCUACGGACUGCUCUGAUCUCGAGAUCCAGGACAAGGCGGACUACUAUCGCGACGUCGCCGAAACCAAGACGAACCCCAUCAAGCUGAAAUUCGAAAAGUACCAGCUCGCCGCCGCAGAACAACAGCUCCCCACGAUUAGGCGCAUCCUUCACCUCACUAACAACGGGUAUCUUUACGUCGAAAUGUGUUUCUCCGAGGGAGGUCUCUAUCCCCCGCGCCCCACGGAACCUACCGUCGGCAAGAAUGUUCCAGAAAGCGACUACGACCGUUCGGUCGCCGUUGCCAUGACCGCCGUCCGCAACUGCCUCCAGGACAACGUCGAAGAGGAAGGACUCGCUGUCGCCUUGGCCGAAUUCCAGAAUAAUCCUCCGUGGGGCCUGCACAUUGGGAAAGCGGUGCUCGAGAGAGCAGCUCAACAUGACAACAAGUUCUGCUCUAUUGCGCGGACACUGGAACCACCAUACCCGACAUGCACUCUGGGGUCUAAGACGCUGACAUGA